AUGAUUCGACAAUCGAUUGUCGAUGAGCGCGUAUCAGCACUUCACAGCCAUACACUUCAGUCACCUGGCGAUAGUGAUGGUGAUAUGUCUAAACCAACAUCACGGCGUAUACCAGCUCCUGUUGCGUCCCGUAUAAUUAUACGAAAAAAUUCCUCAUUAUUACCAACAAAUGAUGAAAUAAGAAUAAUCUCACCAUCAACAACACCUUCACCAACACCAACGGUUGAUCCACGUUCACGUGUUGAAUUACUUGAACGAAAUCUUCGUUAUGUUCAACAACAACAUGAAAUAACUCUAAGUGAUUUACAUAAUGAAAUAAAUCGACUUCAACAAGAAAAUCGAGAUCUUCAUUUUCGUAUGGCUGAUAUUCGUCCAUCAUCUUCAUCUACAAAUAAACAACAUAAAACUGAAACAGUACCAAAUUUACAACAAUUAGCUAAUCUUUCACUAAAUGAACCAAAUCUUGAAAAACGUCUACAAGAAGUGCAACGUCUUCAUUUUGAAAAACAAAUUGAUGAACUUCAAAACCGAUUAAUUGAAACUGAACAAAAAAAUGAAUAUUUAAUGCGUACGAUUGAUGAAUUAAAUAAAACAUCAUCUGUUCAAACAUCACAGACAUCAUCUUCAUCUGCUGUACCAGUUCUAUUACCAGAUCCGAAUAUAUCAUCCGAUGUCAAUAUAACAACUUCUAUUGAUGAUGAUAAUAAAACUAAUAAAUCAGAAAAAACACAAAUGAAUGACGCUGAUUAUCAACAUUUACUUCAAGUUUCUUAUGAAAAACAACGACAACAAGUACUCGAAAUUGCAAGAUUACGAGCUGUAUUACGUGAAAUACUUCAUGCUGAACGAUUAAGUUCAACAUCAAAAAUACUUAUUCGUGAUUGUUUAGCGUCAACACAUAUUAAUGACAGCUCCAUGGCAAGAUCAACAACACCAAUCGAUACAUUAUAUAAUAUUGGAAAUCAAUCACAACAACGAUCUGUAGCUUCAUCAUCAACUGUUGGAAAAAAUUUUUCACUUCGACAUGAAUUGCCUCUUCGUCGUCUUAAUCUUUCGCCGCCUCAGUUCAUCGCACCGAGGUCAACCAGUCAAAAUCGUCCACCAGAACAACGUUUGAUUUUACCACCAAUACAAGGUAGUAGUUUAUCAUUAUCACAAGAUCCAAGUGGUGCAAGUGGUUUAUUACAAAGUUCAUUGAGUCAAACAAAUGCUGGAUCACAACAACAAUUAUUAAAAUUUGGUGAAACACCAAUAGCAAGACGAGAGCGACGAACUCAGGAACUACAGAGAACAAGAUUAACACGUAAUCUUUAUCAUUGA